AAAAUAAAAUUGGGGAACUCCGAACUCGUCCGACUCGUCUUGAGUGAUAGUCAUGAUCAUAGAUGAUACAUUAUAUAUGUCAUGAUUACGACGAUUAAUUAAUAUAAAUAAGUUAUAUUUUAAUUAGUAGUUAGUACUUAGUUUACUACUUGUCCACUACAGUGUUAGUGACAAGUUUUAUAGAUCUUUAACAAAAUUGUAUAUAAUGUGUGCACGGGGCGCCCUAAUUUCUUAAAGGAUAUGUUCUAACCUAUUAAAAUUGUUUAUAAAAUUAACUGAAUUAAUUGUUAUCGGAAUGGAUAGCGAAGGCAAAAACGUUAUUCGUGUUGGUUCGAGGAAGAGCGAGUUGGCGCUCAUCCAAACAAACUUUGUUAUUGACAGUUUAAAGAAAUUGUAUCCAGACAAGGAAUUUACAAUAGUAACCAUGACAACACUAGGUGACAGAAUCUUAGAUGUAUCCCUACCGAAGAUUGGCGAGAAAUCCCUGUUCACUAAAGAUCUGGAAGAUGCUUUAAGAAAUGACACAGUAGACUUUGUAGUACAUUCCCUAAAAGACCUGCCAACUUCGUUGCCUGAUGGACUUGCUAUUGGUGCUGUUUUUGAGAGAGAGGAUCCCCGGGAUGCUCUAGUGUUACGCGAAGGAGUAAAGGACUGCACUCUGGCAUCUCUGCCCACUGGUUCAGUUAUUGGCACGUCGUCCCUCCGUCGCACGGCGCAGCUGCGCGGCUCGUUCCCUCACUUGUCCGUGGUGGACGUGCGCGGUAACCUCAACACGCGUCUGCGCAAGUUGGACGCGCCCUCCGGCGAGUACAGCGCCUUGCUGCUGGCUCACGCCGGCCUGCAGAGGAUGGGCUGGGCGCAUCGAGUCUCUCGGAUACUGUCAUGUUCAGAGAUGAUGUACGCCGUUGGUCAGGGCGCGCUGGCGGUGGAGUGUCGGGCCGAUAACCAACAAGUGCUGGACAUGUUGGCACCCUUCAACCACCCGGAGACGUACUGCAGGAUAUUGGCUGAACGGAGCUUCCUUAAGACUCUAGGUGGUGGAUGCAGUGCGCCAGUGGGCGUGUCGACCAAACUAUCUCCAUUAGCCGCAAACUUCCAGCUAACAAUCACAGGCGGAGUCUGGAGUCUCGACGGUCUCACCAAAGUCGACCACACAAUGGCGCAAACGUUUGCCCAAAUAAAACAAACGCACAAACACAAACUCAGUCCAACAGAUGAGGGUAGUAACAAAAAAAUUAAAGUUGGCGACGAAGAAAGUGACGAAAACUCUAAACUCGACGAGAAAACUGACGAAACCGACAAUAGUAUACAAAAAGUUGAUAAUUUGAGUAGUCCAAAGACUAUAGAAUUAGAUAAAAAGUCUAGAACUUUCUGUGGUUUGACAGAAAAUCCUAAUAUUCCAAUAGAUGUUAUAAUAAAAUGCGACAACUUGGGGCGCGAUUUAGCGAACGAGUUGAUAUCUAAAGGUGCCUUAGAGGUCAUGAAAGUUACACAGGACUUCAUAAGAAGCUCAGUUGUAAAUAAGAGUUCUUGACGGGUAGUUAGAUAUUUUAUAAUAAUAUAUUAAAUAUGGUGCAAAGUAUUUUCAUAUGAGAAUUUUUUAAAGCUUCGAAUACAUGUAAAUAAAUUGUUAUUGAAUAAAAUAUUAUUUUCUAAAGUUCUACAAAUAAUUUUCAAAAGUGACGUCAUGCGUUAUUAUCUUUGCAGCUUAAUUUCAUGCAUUAAAUGGAGUAUUCAAAAACUCGUAAAGGUUGUUUGUACAGGUGAUUUGUUUGGUGGGAGUAUUUGAAAAAGACAAUGUUAAAUUUAGGAAUGUUUUUAUUACCUACUUAUUUUCUCUUACUGCCAUAAAUCGAAUAUUUAUUAGUGUUACAUCACAGAUUAAAGGAAAAAGAUAAUUACACAUUUUACACAUGAAGGCUAUGAAAUUGGCAUCUAUAGACAUUCAGCUUUCGUUUUUAUUACAACCAACCCUUACCAUUGUAAAUUGUACCUUCAAUAGUUUUGAUUAGCUAAUUUGUGAGAAACUGGUAAUAUUAUAAAAUAAAAUAAAAUUGUGUAUGUAUAAAAUAUUCAAGAUUUUUGGUUUUUCUUUGAAAGUCGACAUCAUGGAAUUUUAAUUUCCUAGUUGGCACCUUAUGAUUUCGUCUAUCUUUUUCCUCUAAUCUUAGGAGGUAUUUUGUUACUUUUUUUAAGUCAUUUUUUGUUGUUUAUGCUAGGACAAGUACAUCAGGGAUAUUAUUUGUGUAAUCAUAGUGGUACUUAUUGCGUUGUUGUUGCAAAUGGGUUAUAUUGUAUUGUUUUUAAUAAAAUUGUAUCAUGACAUGGGA